AACACAGGCAAAAUGAUACGAAAUCUGACAUGGGUGACCGGCAGAUGGCCGUCGAACAAAGAUUAAUUUAUUUGUUUACAGCCUCUCCUAAUCUCUCACAAAUCUCUGUUUUUCUGUCGCGAUGUUUGAUUUCGGGCAAUUUGCCCUGUCACAUUCAAACAGAUCGGACUGCAAAUGAUGAGGUUAUAUUAAUAAAAAUCCCAGAAAAAUGGGGUUUUUGACACUGGAAUGUCGUAAGCAUGAAUCUAGCGGGUUUGAAGUAGACAUAAUAUCGAAACGGACCCUUGCGUCGGUUGAGCUUUCUCAAUUCAUGAAGGAGUGGAGUUGGUGAGUGAAAGACAGACAAAGCAAGGUGUAAUCAAAUAUGAGCAGCAGCUGAGUAAUCAAUAUCAAGAAUAGAAGCAGCAGCGGCAGCAGUUAACUGCAAAUGCGACUGAUUGUGCUACUGCUAACUAUGGACAGAAAGAACAUGACAAGCGGGUAAACCCACGAAUCGACAUUCAUGUCUGGAGAAGGGGCGAGGAGGAAUGCUGCAGGCGGAGGAGCAGCAGGCCGCCCGGUUCUUUGCCCUGCCGGCAAUAGGACGCCGAAAAACUCGCCGGCGAAACAGGGUACAAAACAGCAGCAGGAGAAGGCAGCUUUGAAGCUGAGCUCCUUGUCCCCUAAGCAUCCCAGUUCUGCCCCAGGCUCCCCUGAGCUCAAACAUAGACUGGCAAAGCCUGGCUCUGGCACUAGCAGUCCUAAUGUUAUGUCCGGAUAUAAACUGGGCAAGAUUGGCAGAAGCCAUGUUAAGAACGGAGAGGGAUGCAUAUCUCCAGGCAGCUCAAUAGGCAGGUCACCUGAAUGCUGCAAUGCUGCCAACAACUUGCUAAACAGGGCUGGCGGUUCUCUGAAUGUGUCCUCCUGCUCCUGUCCCAUCGCAGAUUCUUCAUGCACAUCCAAGAAGUUGAAGCAGAGAAUAUUGUUGCGUAGUUCAAAACAGAACGGAGGAGUAGCACUUCAUGAUAGCAUUCCACGUUCGCUUCCACCUCCAGUCAAGAACAGAUGCCCGUGGAUUACUUCAUUCAGUGAUCCUGCAUAUGUUACAUUUCAUGAUAAUGAAUGGGGAGUUCCUGUACAUGAUGACAAGGCGCUGUUUGAACUUCUUGUACUGUCAGGUGCUUUAGCAGAGCUGAGUUGGUCUUCCAUUCUGAAAGCAAGGGACUUUUACAGACAGGUGUUUGCUGGGUUUGAUCCUGCAGUGGUGGCUACCUUUGAUGACAAGAAAAUUGCAUCUCUCAUGUACAUAGAAAACUCUGUGCUAUAUGAAGGAAAGCUCCUUGGUAUUGUCAACAAUGCAAAGCUUGUCCUCGAGAUAGUUGAGGAAUUUGGGUCAUUGGACACAUAUAUGUGGAGUUUUGUUGGUCAUAAGCCCAUAAUAAACAGAUAUCGGUAUCCCAGACAAGUCCCAGUGAGGAUACCUAAGGCAGAAGUUAUCAGCAGGGAUUUACUCAGAAGGGGAUUUCGGUUUGUUGGGCCCAUGGUUGUUUAUUCAUUUAUGCAGGUAGCGGGAAUGACAAACGAUCAUCUUGUUCACUGUUUUAGAUGGGAGGAGUGUGUUUGGAUUUCAAAAGGACUACAGGUUGGACAAUACAAUAAAAUCCAGACAGAAGAAGUUUGUGAAAAUAAGAGAGAAGGCAUUCUGCCUAAUUCAUAUGACAAGGAAAGCAUAGCAAAUUCCCAUCAAGACUUGUAAUAUGAGAAGAUCCUUUUAUAAUACCUAUGGCUCAUUAUCUUGGCUUGUCAGAAGACACUUUUUUGUACUCUACAAUGAUGCAAUUUGUAGUAUGGGCAGAAACAGUGUAUCGCGUCAACUUUACAGAAUGAAAGCCGUCACUUCAUACUUGUGUUUGUGGAUAUGGGUCACCAAAGAUCAACUGGGGUCUUCAGCAUUGUAGCCACUUUCCAGGGCCUUUCCAGGGUCUUCAAACCCACUGGAAACUUGUGGAGAUGUAAUGUAGAUGAAAUUCAGCUAAGGCUUAUGCGCCAUGUAUAUCACUGUGCCAGCUGCUUGUGUGAGUGGAAUUGCUUGUUCACCAUCUUGUGGGUAUUUCCAUCAGGAAUGGUCAGAAGGUUUUAUAAAGAUUUUUUUAUAUUUUUUUUACAAAGGGGUGUAGUUUGUCUAUUGCAGAA